UAGAGGGCUUGGCACAAAAUUAUUAAUGGAAUAAUUAAAUGAAAUAUUUAUCUGUAAAUAUGGGGUAUAAUUACUGUAUUUACCGUGAAACAAUUACCAGGACAUUGAUGUCUUUGUAAAUCUGAAAUACAUAGGAUUUUAAAUAUGGUGAAGUUCAUUGUUUAUGCAACUAUAGGCAUUGUUAAACAACACACAAUAAACAGAGCAAUUGUUGGUCAUUAUGAUGUCACACAGCAUGUAAACAUUGGGUUUAAAUUUGUUACUGACUGUUCUGUUUCCUACUGAGUGUAUUUUUUCUGUAGCAGCCCGUGUUAAACUUACUUUAAACAUGGCUGUGAAGAAAAAGACAAGAAAAAAAAUUAGCAGAAAUAAAACUGAAAAGUUAGCACAGCAGAAGCAGCAUGAGAAACAUUUUGUUAGCAACUUUUUAAGGCAGCCAGGUAAAACCAGGUCAGGGAUAGUUUAUUCAAAGAAAAUGAAAGGGAAAACCUCUUCUGAGUGUAUUUUCGGAUCACUUCUUGCAAACCCAGAAAAUGAAGACUGCCAAAAGGCAACAAGGGAAGCCCUGCAAAUAGCUAAAGAUCAAUGCAAUUGUGGGCAGUGUAUUGAUAAACGACGACAAGAGAAACUAACAACAUGUAGAAGCAGUCACAGUGGUUUGAGCAUAUUUCUUAAAUCUGAAGAGCAGCUGGUGAAAUCUUCAAAGAGUGAUCAGUUAAAAUCUUCUGCUGGAGCUGCAAAACCAGGUGAAGGCAAAUCAAAAUCAGAAUCUAAGAUUUCUGCCGCACUGCAGAAAAAACUGUCACUUGAAAAGGCAAAAGUUCAAGACUCGGAAUAUUGUGAUUGUGACGAAUGUAUGGAUGACACAUCCACAACUUUAAGUGUGGAGAAAGUGUCUUCAAAAACAAACUUAAAGCAAAGCAUGCGCUUAGCAGUAAAAGCAAGAAGAAGCAAACCUCCUUUAGUGCAAAGUGUUUCAAAACGAAAAACGAGAGUAAAAAGUACAGAAAAAUCCAAGCGUUCAAAGAAAACAUCUUUAACUUCAAGUGUAGGAAAAGUGUCUUCAAAAACAAAUUUAAAGCAGAGCAUGCGCUCACCAGUAAAAGCAAGAAGGAGCAAACAUCCUUUAGAGCAAAGUGUUCCAAAACGAAAAACGAGAGUAAAAAUUACAGAAAAGUCUAAGCGCUCAAACAAAAUGUGCAAAGCCAUAAAGCAGAAGCACGGAAAACGAAGUCAAUCGUUGUUAAAAGUGGUUUUAAAAAAGAAAAACAGAAGUAGCAACCUAAGUCUUAAUUCUUCAGCCUCUAACACAAACCACCAAACUUGUCCAUGUUGCCAGCGCUUUUUCAAAGCACUUGUUAAAAGCCUAAGUGAAGAUCGACUUAACAAGAACAAGAAAAAAAAGCGAGGAAGGCCAAGAAAAGUUGCAAAAGCAUCAUCAAAAGAGAGAAUUUUAAAACACUGGCAACCUUGUGGCAACAAACCUUGUUGCAGUCAGUCCCCAAUGCCUAGCACAGGUCCAAAUCCUGCCAUUGAAAGCAAUACUACUAACCAAAGCACAGAUAACCCUGCUAUUGAAACUGAUAAUACUAACCAAAGCACAGAUAACACUUGUAAUGUUCCUACCAACAAUAACGUUUUAUUUCCAAGCGCAGGUGUUUUACUUAAUGAUAGGAAUGUAAAUAAUAGUAAGAAAUUUGAAAGCGAAGAAUCAAAAGUAACUAAACCGAAGAUACGAAUCCCUUGCCUUGAUUUAACCGUCAUGGCAAAGCAAGUAGGAAAAACUACUAAGAAACGAAAUGCUUCUAAAGUGAAAAAAAACAAGAAGCGCAGAGUUAUUAGCAAGAAAAUAAACACUAGGGUUAAGAAGACCACAAAAAAACGCACCAAAACAACUGGGGGUAACAGCAAAAAGAGCCAGAAGCAAAAAUCGCAAAGCAAGAAGAAGAAACAGCUUCAAAUCGCGCCAAUGCCGAGAGCUGAACACAGGGGAAAAACAAAAACAUCAAAACAAAUAAAGAAAUCAGAAAGUGGUUCAGAUGCUGCGUUUGAAGCUUGGAAGAAGCACCCAAAUGCUCCUGUACCAAGUGCUAGAGUACCAACCUAUAUUGCUAUGGUUAAGACGGCAAUACGAGACUUAACACCAUUUGAUAUUACUGGUCGAGAUGCAAUUUCCAGGUACAUCCAGAUACGAUAUCGCAUAAAGAACGAUGACUUGCUGAGAUAUGUUUUGAAAUGGCUUGUAGACAUGGGUGUGCUUAACAUGAAGGACAGAAACUAUUACUUUGUUGGCAAAAGUUUAGUGAGGAAAAAGACAGUGGCUCAUGUAAGGAAGUCUGGAAAAGCAACAUUAAAACAGCUUAUGAAGAAAAAAAGGACCAAAAAAAGAAAGAAGAAGCACCGUUCAAAAAUAAAGUCCAAAAAGCAUGGAAAAUCAAAAUCCAAGAAGAGAAAGCACAAGAAAGGUAAGAAGAGGAAAAAAAAGAGCAAGAAAUGUUCAAAGAAAAGCAAGACGUGCCGCAACGAUAAUUGCACUUGCUCAAAGGAGUUGGGUUCGAGAAAAAACAGAAUCAAACUUAGAACUCGAUACGUGAGAAAGAAUGGCAAGAUAUACAAACAGGAUGAAUACGUGUAAAGAUUUCUUGAAUUAAAUGUCUUACCUUAGCUCGUCGUACGUAUACAUACUCCCUUGGAUUGAAUGGAUACUGAAAACAAAAUACAAGUUUCCAUUAAUUUUGUUUCAUUUUUGGUAAAGAAUGUGCAAUAAAAUAA